UUGGUUCAGAGGAAUCAGAAGACACAGUUGAAUGUGGUGCAGCUUUCCUGUUUGAUGUCUUUAAAUCAGUGGACAGUGUUGGGAAGAGAGAAGCUACUCAGUUACGCAGCACAUUUGGGCCAUAUCCAGCCACUGCUGCAACUAAAGUUUGUCAGACAGUUCGCAAAAUUGUUGGCUGGAUGCCUGAGUCUGCUCUUGCAGAGUUGACUUCGGAACGGGAAGAAGGUGAUGGUGCCGCAAGUAGUGAAGAAUUUGGCCAUUCUAUAAAGUUUGUCACACCUGAGUUUGCAAGUGAUGAUGAAGAAGACUUAUCCAGCGAAGAGGAUAAUGAUACAGAGAAAGAGACCACUAGAGACUUUGACUUGAGGUACAGUGGAAAUGCAGCUAGAUCAAAUAGUAGUAAUGCUGCUCUAGCUGAAGCAAAGACUGCUGGGAGAUACUCAGGGUUUGAUUCUGCUUGGUUGAAGGCCAAGGUCAAUGAAUAUUUUGAGAAUAAUGAGACAGCCUUGAACCUUGGUAUAGACGAGCUGACAUCCACAAUCUUUGAAAUUCUGAGUUCACAGCGAAGAGAUGAUGAACUUCAGAAUGAGCUCUUUGACCUGCUAGGCUUUGACUGUUUUGAGCUGAUUCAGCAGCUCCUGGAGAACCGAACCAACAUUAUUAAAUCUCACACAGUGGAGACUACAAGGGCCAUUAUCCAACAAAUUCCAAAAAGGAAACCUGAGAAUGAACGGCCAACUUAUGGAUGUCAAGUGACAGUGCAGAGUGCAGAGGAGAAGUUUAUCUCUAAACAGAUAAGGAAAGAAGAAAAGCGUAGUAAAAAGGACAGAAAGUUCACCAGUGAAGAGGAGGAGAUUGCUGGAGUUUUGAACCUGACUCCUGAGGAACUUAGGGCCACCCGGGAAGCCACCUUGAGAGCAGCUGCGUCUGCUCCUUUGUUUUCUGGGCGCAGUUCUGGCUAUGUCAGACAGGAGAGGUAUCCCUUCGUCUUUGACAAACUGUCUGAAGCCCAGCAGUCCUCUGCAUAUGUUUCAGGAACAAAGCUUGUCUUGCCAGAGAACUGCACCCACAAGGAUGAUAAAAUGUAUGAGGAAGUGAGCAUCCCCCCUAGCGAUCCAGCACCAAUAGAAAUUGGGGAAGCUAGAGUAGCCAUCUCCAGCUUAGAUGAAAUUGCCCAGCUUGCAUUUAAAAACACUGAAAGUCUCAACAGGAUCCAGUCAAUAGUUUUUAAUUCUGCCUACAAAACAAAUGAGAACCUGCUUAUCUGCGCUCCUACUGGAGCAGGGAAAACCAACAUUGCCAUGUUGGCUAUACUACAUGAAAUCAAGCAGCACAUCUCACAGGGAGUCAUCAAGAAAGAUGAGUUCAAAAUUGUGUAUGUGGCCCCUAUGAAAGCUUUGGCAGCAGAAAUGGUGCGCAACUUUGGUGGACGUCUAGCACCCCUUGGUAUCACAGUGAAGGAGCUGACUGGAGACAUGUCCCUCACAAAGCAAGAAAUCCUCAAGACACAGAUGCUUGUGACGACCCCUGAAAAGUGGGAUGUUGUGACACGAAAGAGCACUGGAGAUGUGGCUUUAGCUCAGCUUGUUCGGCUGUUGAUCAUUGAUGAGGUCCACUUGUUGCAUGAUGAUAGAGGGCCAGUUAUUGAGACCUUGGUGGCCAGGACAAAAAGACAGGUGGAAAGUUCUCAGAGCAUGAUUAGAAUUGUGGGCCUGUCAGCAACACUGCCCAACUACCUGGAUGUGGCAACCUUCCUCAAUGUCAACCCAUACACAGGGCUGUUUUUCUUCGACGGCAGGUUCAGACCUGUACCGCUGGAGCAGACCUUUAUUGGAAUCAAGACAGUCAACAAGAUGAACCAGCUGAGAGACUUUAAUACAGUGUGUUAUGACAAGGUUCUCAAGCAGGUCAGGGCAGGCCACCAGGUGAUGGUCUUUGUGCAUGCCAGAAAUGAGACUGUGAGAACAGCUUUCAACUUGAUCGAACAGGCAAAGAAUAAAGGAGAUAUGUCUCAUUUUGUUGUGGAGCAGAGUAGGGGAUUUGGAGAUGCCCAGAGAGCUAUGUCAAAAAGUCGAAACAAACAAAUGCGAGAGAUGUUUCCUGAUGGCUUUGGGAUCCACCAUGCUGGAAUGCUGAGACAGGAUCGCAACUUAGUGGAGAAGUAUUUCCUGGAAGGUUAUAUCAAAGUUCUUGUAUGUACUGCCACCUUGGCCUGGGGUGUCAAUCUGCCAGCUCAUGCAGUCAUAAUUAAGGGCACCCAAAUUUAUGAUGCAAAAAGAGGUGCCUUUGUCGACUUGGGCAUUUUAGAUGUGAUGCAAAUCUUUGGUCGUGCAGGCAGACCUCAGUUCGACAAGUUUGGCCAUGGAACAAUUAUUACCACCCAUGACAAACUGAGCCACUAUUUGAGUCUCAUGACCCGACAAAAUCCCAUUGAAAGUCAGUUCAUCAACAGUCUAACUGACAACCUGAAUGCAGAG